AGUUUUAGUAAAUAGAAUAAGUACAAGUUUAAAAAAGGAAAUAUAUCGGUCGAAAUUACAUAAUGCGUUAGGAUUUUUGAUGUUUAUCGGUACUUGUUUUGAAAAGCGUAUUGAAAUUAAAAAACGUAUUGAAAUUAAACAUGCUAUAUUUACUUCCUUUUAACAUCUGAUGAAGUUGUUCUAUAAAGACUACAUAAAAUGUAUUUUAUAUUUAAUAAUAGUUUAUAUUUGUUAUUAGGGAUACUUUUCUACAAUAAUCAAGUUUUUGGAUGUAAUUCAACAUCUAUCAAGUACGCAAGAUCUAAGGAAGAUGUGUUAAUACAGUUCCAAGCAGUAACUAAUAACUCGGAAGAUUCUACAAUUCCGGUUGGAAACCAGAUACUGUCGAAUAAUAACAGUCCGUUAUUGUCUGCAAUGUAUAGAAAUGGUGAAAUAGAUUAUAUAUCCCCUUGUAACAACUGUACAUUUACCGGUAACGCUGCAACAGGAAACCUCUCUUUAAAACUUGAAUACUUACAACCAUCAAAUGCAGGAACAUACAAACUUACAGUUACUCAAGCCACCAGAGAAUUUAAGGAAUGUGUAGUUGUCUAUGUUCUAGGAAUACCUACGAAACCAAUCAUCAAGUUGGAUAAAGUACCAAUAGAAGGAAAACGUGCAAUAAUAACAUGUAGCAGUACGUCGACAACCAGACCCAAUGACCCUCACAUAAGUAUGACAUACAACUGGAGAGUGGACAACAACGAAGCAAAUGACCAACGAUAUACUUACUCUAACAAUAAAGAUACAUUGACGAUAUCAAACACUGACAGGAAAGAUUCCGACAAACAAUUUGCCUGUUCAGCAACGGAAAAUGUUACUUAUGCAUAUACAUCCAUCGACAGUGACCUUUUUAGCAUAGAUGUUUAUUAUGGUCCGUCUGUACGCCCCUUUAAAAUCGGGCCAAUAGUUGAAGGAUCAGCACUAUCAGUUGAAUGUAUUGUUGAUCCAGGAAAUCCACUUAUAAAUACUUAUACAUGGACAAGAGCAUUAAAUAAUUCAAAAGCGAACGAUUGGCAUCAUAUACCCGAUUCUUCAACUAUUAACAAUCAACUCGUCAAGCAUAAUAUUAGCAGAAAUGAUGUUGGACUGUACAACUGCACUGCAACAAAUGAUUUAAGACAAACAGUUGACGAUUAUCAUACAGGGUCUAGUUCUCAGACAUUUUUCUUGGAUGUUUUUUAUCCAACAUCAGUUUCUGCAUUUGAUGUGAAGGAACAUAAAGGGACGUCAAAUGUGAUUCUGGACGAAAACAAUAAAGGUCUGCAGUUUUUAUGUGAAGUUGAUAGCAAUCCAGUUUCGUCUGUAAAAAUUUUAUUUAAAGACGAUGUUAAGAAUGAAUCGUAUGAUGUUAAUCAUGUCACAUUCACAUUAAGUAGCGUAUCAUGCUUUGAUAGCGGUGACUACUCGUGUGAAGGAAGCAACAAGAUUGGACGGUCUUCAAGAAGGAACAUCCAGUUAUUUGUUAAUUGUAAACCUCGCCCACUUCAUCAGAUAAGUCAGGAUAUUUCAAGGUUACUUCACACACAAGCCAAAAUGAGUUUUACCGCUUUAGCCUACCCAUAUCCAGGCGCAAAAGGAUUCUUUUGGCAGAAGAGAAAUGAUGCUAAGUGGACACCUGUUUUAGCCAAUAGAGAUGUACUUAUAUUAUCAACAGCACAGCAGUCUUCUUUGACAAUCCUUAACAUAACAAAUACAGAUUAUGGUCAGUAUAAACUAACUGUAAAUAACAGUUUAGGGACUUACAUUCAACACUACAACUUAAUAGAAAAGAUAUCGGACAAAGAGGUACCUGGCCAUGCCACAGAGUGUGACAAAUAUGAUUCUAACAAAAACACGAUCAUUAUAAUUGGAAUAUCUCUUGGAGUAGUUAUCGCAAUACUUGUUGGGGUACUAGUUAUCGUUUUGUGUAGAACGAAAUCAACUAAAAAUGGCGCACAGUUAGGCGAUCAAAAUACGAAGUAUGUGUAAGAUAUUUUAAACAUUA